AUGACCGCCGACAACCCCACCCCAAAACGACGAAUCUAUCUCAACGGCUUUGACAUGUUCACAGUCGGCCAUCUGUCAUUCGGUCAAUGGAAGAACCCUACCGACCGAUCGGCGACAAAGCGACGAGAUCUUUCAUACUGGACUGACCUAGCCAAGAUUCUGGAGAAAGGAGAUUUCAAUGCCUUAUUUCUCGCCGAUACUUUCGGUCUCUAUGACACUUACAAGGGAAGUGCAGAGCCGGCUAUUCGUAACGCAGCUCAAUAUCCAAUGGGAGAUCCUGCAAUUCCAAUCUCUGCCAUGGCAUCAGUGACCAAGAACCUUGGGUUUGCUAUUACCACGUCUACAUCCUAUGAAGCUCCAUAUGUUGUCGCAAAGAGAUUUUCAACUUUGGAUCACCUUACGAACGGUCGAUUUGGAUGGAAUAUUGUAACUUCAUGGAAAGCUUCUGCUUCGAAAGCUGUUGGAUUGCCCCUCAUUGAUCACGACAGACGCUAUGAGAUUGCGGAUGAGUACCUGACAGUGCUUUACAAACUCUGGGAAGGAAGUUGGGCAGAUGACGCCCUCAAGGAAGAUGCAAAGACAGGCAUCUACACAGAUCCCAGUCGAAUCAAAUACGUUCAUCACCACGGGGAUCACUUCUCAGUCGAUGGUCCACACAUUCUAGAUCCAUCCCCUCAACGCACUCCGUUCCUAUUCCAAGCGGGUACUUCUCCAGCCGGCGUCGCAUUCGGGGCAAAACACGCCGAGGGUGUGUUUGUAUCAGCUCCAUCUCCACACAUUCUCGCUCCUCGAAUCCAGGCAAUUCGCGAGGAAGCAGCCAAGUCCGGGCGUGAUCCAAGAUCUGUCAAGGUCUUUGCCAUUCUGACUCCAAUCAUUGGCCGAACAGAGGAGGAAGCUCAGGCAAAAUACCGCGAGGCACUUGAUAACGCCAGUGAAGAGGCUGGUCUCGCUUUCUUUUCCGGUGGAAGUGGCAUUGAUCUCAGCCGUUUUGAUCUAGACACGCCUAUCAAGCCAUCUGACGUUCAUGUUGACGCACGGGUUCAUUCAACCAUCAACACGCUCUCGUAUCAGAGCCCAGAUGUGCCUGAAUGGACGCCACGAAACAUUGGGAAGCACAUCUCCAUCGGUGGUGCUGGACCUGUUCCAGUUGGAACUGCGAGCACCGUUGCAGACUUUCUCGAAGAAUGGGUUCGGGUUGCUGAUCUAGAUGGCUUCAAUAUCGGGUACGUGCAAACUCCGGGGACAUUUGAAGAUGUGGUGGAGCUUUUGGUGCCCGAAUUACGUCGAAGGGGUAUAUAUGCCCCCAAGGGAGAGAGCGGAACUAUGCGCGAGAGGAUAUAUGGACCUGGCCAAAAGCUGCUGAGGGACGACCAUGUCGCAACACAGUACCGCUAUGAUGUUUAUGAUGGUAAAUAG